AUGACCUCCCCAGCAGCCCCCCCAGACCAGCCCGCCGCCGCCGCGCCCAUAACCGAACAGGAGCCCCUGCUCGGGCGCCCCGGGGACGUGGCGCAACGCGAUGAAAGCUGGCUAGCCAGGAACUUGAUUACCGGCACUGCUCCCCUCGCCCAGGUCGGCGGCGUGAUGCUUGUCGUGACCGUAUGGGGCGCGGUGCUCAGUCACAAAUGGAUGGUCUUCAAUCUACAUCCGCUUUUGAACUCUCUCGGCGUUUUUCUCUCGCUCCAGGCCAUCCUGGUGCUUCAACCCACGCACACCGCGCACCAGAAACGCAGGGGCACAUAUGUCCAUGCGACCCUCAACGGCCUUGCCGCGUUGAGCUUCUUUACCGCGCUGGUCAUCGUCAUCUGGCACAAGCAGCAUAGCGGGAUCCCGCACUUCGAGUCGGUCCAUGCCUACCUUGGAAUCACCAUCUACGGGCUUCUCUUUAUCCAGGCAUUUGUUGGAUUCACGCAAUUCUUUGCGCCGCGCAUCUAUGGGGGCGUGGAUAAUGCAAAGAAAUUGUACAAGUACCAUCGUGUCUCGGGAUACGUCAUCCUGUUGAUGUACCUGGUCAAUGUCGUCCUGGCGAGUAGGUUGCCCUAUGGACAGAAGUUUAUCCAUCUCAAGACGUGGGGCGUCGUGGCGGCGGGUGUGUUGGUCGUGAUUGGUGCUUAUCCAAGGAUCAAGAAGCAGAAGAUCCAGAUCUUUGGGUAG